CUCUUCCUGCUUUCUGACACAAACCGACACCGGCUUCCAGUCCGGAUGGAGAACAACAGCAACGUUUAUUUGUAAUGCACCGUCCAAACAUAAACAAGAAGACAAGAUACCAUUAUGGCCAUAGGAACCCAGCUUUUACUCCUUCUGUGGAAGAACUUCAUCUACCGGAGGAGGAACAAGAUCCAGCUGAUCAUAGAGCUGCUCUGGCCACUGUUCCUGUUCCUCAUACUUAUAGCAGUACGUCACUCGCACCCUCCCUACAAGCACAGCCAGUGUCACUUCCCCAACAAAGCUCUCCCGUCUGCCGGCACUUUAGCAUGGGUUCAGGGCAUCAUCUGCAACAUUAACAACCCAUGCUUUCACUACCCAACUCCAGGAGAGACUCCGGGUGAAGUGGGGAAUUUUAAUAACUCGAUACUUUCUCGAAUAUUCGUGGAUGGCAGGACCCUUCUCACCAACCUUGGCAAUCAUACUGUCCUGUCAGCCUUAGACGACCUCUCGCUUGCUGUUCAGAGACUGGCGGAGAGGCAGGAAGCUUGGCCAAAUCUGCCAGUAGGAGAGUACCUACAAGCCAAUGAGACGUUCUCCUCUUUUUUGCGGACCAACUGCAGCCUUCCUCCUUCAGCUGUAGACCAGUUACUGAGAGCGAAACUCAACCUCCGGGUGGUGUCGCUGGCAGGCGCCGGGUUGCGUUCGUCUGAUAUCAUCUGCAACGCCACGCUUCUGGAAAGCUACCUCACAGUGAAAGAAGGAAACUCCUCAUUCACCGAGCUGCAGCAGUACUUGUGUGAUGUUCCUUCGGAUUUGCUGCAGCAGGCCGAGCAGAUCUUCCUUUCAGAAUUAAACCUCAGCAAGAUUUUCACAAGGAAGCGACUCCGCUCUAAUGCUGCUGAAGUGCGACUGCUCAGCCGGACCGUCUCCUCUUUGACUCCGGAGUUUGUCUCACUUAUGAAUGACAUAUCCUCUUUGUCCAGCUUUACGGAGCUGAAUGCCGAACUGAGGCUGUUUUUUCCAGAAAACAGCUCAGUGCUCCCACGUGAGAGCUUCCAAGCUUUCUCCAGGAUUAUGUGCGGACAUCCUGAGGUGGGCGGCGAGAAGAUUCCUUCCUUUAACUGGUAUGAAGACCAGGACAUCAAGUCGUUCCUAGGUAAAGACGGGAUGUACGAAAACAUCGUGGAUUUAGACAACACUACCACUCCAUUUUGUCAAAAUCUGAUUCAAACUCUCGAGUCGAAUCCCCUUUCUCGCAUUAUAUGGAGAGGCAUUAAGCCACUUUUUAUUGGGAAACUUCUUUACACCCCGGACACUCCUGCUACACAGAGCAUCAUGAAAGAGGUGAACAGGACCUUCCAGUACUUUGAGAUCGUGGAGGAGAUUCAUGCCGCAUGGGAGGAAGUGGGACCCAGGCUGAAGCUCUUCAUGGAAAGCAGUGUGGAGAUCCGUAUGCUACAGGAUUUGCUGAGGCGACCCGAGGUGGCUGUUGCGGUGAAUCUCCAACUAAAGAACACUUCAUGGACAGCUUCUCGCAUCGCCCACUUCCUCUCCACGCCUAAUUCAGACCCUCCUGAGAAACAAGGAGAGCCUGCAACAUGGCUGGACCUGUAUCAAGAUUUCAAUAACACUAUUGGCUUCCUGUCGCAACUCACAAAAUGUUUUUCACCAAAUAAGCUGGAGGGAAUGGCCACUGAAGGGCAGCUGGUGGAGCGGGCAUUGGAGCUGCUGGAGGAUCGGCAGUUCUGGGCUGGAAUAGUCUUCCUCCUCCCAAAUCAUUCCUACUCAGAGCUUCCUCCUCACGUCAAGUACAAGAUCCGCAUGGACAUAGAUGAUGUCACACGCACAAAUAAGAUCAAAGACAAGUUCUGGGAUCCUGGUCCAGCUGCAGAGCCCUUCAGCGAUAUGCGAUAUGUAUGGGGCGGCUUCGUCUACGUGCAGGAUUUAGUGGAGCGAGCAAUAACACUUGUUCUGAGCGGCAAACAACCAAAUACAGGAAUAUAUAUACAGCAGAUGCCCUACCCAUGCUUUGUGGAUGACGUAUUUCUGCGCGUACUAAAUCGUUCGCUUCCUCUUUUCAUGACGCUGGCGUGGAUUUACUCAGUGGCAAUGAUCAUUAAAGGCGUGGUGUAUGAGAAGGAGGCACGACUGAAGGAGACUAUGAAGAUCAUGGGCUUGGGCUCAGGAAGGCUUUGGCUCAGCUGGUUCAUCAGCAGCUACCUGCCCUUUCUGUUUAGUGCUGGCCUUCUCAUUAUUGCACUCAAGUUGGGAGAUAUCUUGCCCUACAGUGACCCUGCUGUGAUCUUCUUGUUUUUGGCCGCCUUUGCCACAGCCACAAUCAUGCUGUGCUUCCUCAUCAGCACGUUCUUCUCCCGUGCCAAUCUGGCUGCAGCCUGUGGAGGUCUCAUCUACUUCUCUCUAUACCUGCCCUAUGUGCUCUGUGUGGCCUGGAGGGAAUAUCUGACGAGCACGCACAGAAUACUCGCAAGCUUUCUCUCUCCAGUAGCCUUUGGAUUUGGCUGUGAGUACUUUUCCCAGUAUGAAGAGCAAGGAGUGGGUAUUCAGUGGUUUAAUCUUCUGUCCAGUCCUACUGAAGGAGACACAUACAACUUCAAUACUUCAAUCAUAAUGCUGUAUGUGGAUGCCUUCAUCUAUGGAGUGGCCACUUGGUACAUAGAAGCUGUGUUCCCAGGGCAGUAUGGAAUUCCCCGGCCUUGGUAUUUUAUCUUUAAGCUAAAUUACUGGGGAGGAGUACCGCUGGAGGCUGACAUGCACGUUCCUCCAGUACCAGACGAUCAACAAGACAAUCAAAUUGAACAGGAACCUUCUCAUCUCGUCCUUGGAGUUGCCAUACAUGACUUGGUGAAAAUAUAUAAAAAAGGGGCCAAGCUUGCUGUUAAUCAUUUGAAUCUCAAGUUCUAUGAGGGGCAAAUCACGUCAUUCCUGGGUCACAACGGAGCUGGCAAGACAACAACGAUGUCCAUUCUGACUGGACUGUUCCCUCCGACUGCUGGCACGGUUUACAUAAAGGGCAAAGACAUUCGCACGGACAUGGACAUCAUCCGUAGAACUCUGGGAGUGUGUCCCCAACACAAUGUUCUUUUCCCAAUGCUUACUGUGGAAGAGCAUGUAUGGUUCUAUGGCCGUCUUAAAGGCAUGAGCAGUGCUGAGGUUAAAGAGGAGAUGGCUUCCCUGCUAGAGGAUGUGGGACUGUUGUUCAAACGGCACGAGCAGACCAGGAACCUCUCAGGUGGAAUGCAGAGGAAGCUCUCAGUAGCUAUAGCCUUUAUAGGCGGUUCUAAGGUAGUUGUCCUGGACGAGCCCACUGCCGGAGUGGACCCCUAUUCACGACGUGGGAUUUGGGACCUACUGCUCAAAUACCGGAAAGAUCGUACCAUUAUUCUGUCUACACAUUACAUGGAUGAGGCCGAUCUCCUGGGCGAUCGCAUCGCCAUCAUCUCUCAGGGGAAGUUGUGUUGCUGUGGCUCACCACUUUUCCUAAAAGCUCGUUUGGGUACAGGAUAUUACCUCACCAUAGUGAAGAAAGAGAUCCAUUGUCUCACACCAAGCAGUACAAGUGUCGCCAAUCUCUCAGCAUCAACGUUGAUGAAGGAGAGUCAUUCCUCCAUGAGUGAUGACACUGGACUUGGAAAUGAGAUCUGUGGAUCAGAUGUGAGUGGCCUUUUGGCUCUUGCCCAACAUCACAUUGCUGGGGUUCGACUAGUAAAAGAUGUGGGCAGAGAGGCAGUAAUCAACUUUCCUCAUGCUGCCUCGGAGGAUGGCACUCUCGCCCUUUUCUUGGCUGAGCUGGAGAAACAUCAGAGCGAGUUUGGCAUUGUCAGUUAUGGACUCUCAGAUACCACGCUAGAGGAGAUCUUUCUGAAGGUGGCCGAAGAUACAGGUGUAGACGCUGACCCAGAAGAAGGAGUGGGAGAAAAGCCUGAGGACUGGGACACAGAAAGACAACUGUAUACGACAGAUGCGAAUGAAACGGACCCACUGAGUACUAAUGUUCAGCGUGGGAUGACCCUCACAGGCUGGGGUCUGACCCGGCAGCAGCUCCGCGCACUCUUUACCAAGAGAUUAAAGUAUGCCCUCCGCAGCCGCCGAGGUUUCAUAGCACAGGUUGUGCUGCCUGCUGUGUUUGUGCUGGUGGCUCUGCUGUUCAGCCUUAUUGUCCCACCCUUUGGAAAGUAUCCCCCUCUCGAGCUGCAGCCAUGGAUGUACGGCGAACAGUACACUUUCUUCAGCAACGAUGUCCCAGAGAACCCUGAAAUCCAAAAUCUCCUCCAUGCUCUUCUGGAUCCGCCUGGAUUUGGGACCAAGUGCAUGGAGUCACAGAUGGAGAACCAGUGUGAUGUCAAUGAGGCAGGGACGGUGUUUUUGCGACCCCAGAUUUCCUACAAAACAUGGCAGCUUUAUAACCAAGCCAACUGGACAAAUGAGCAGACUUCUCCUGGGUGCGAAUGCAGCACAGAGGAUGUUCGCAGAAUGCUACCUGAAUGCCCAGCAGGAGCAGGAGGAUUGCCUCCUCCUCAGAUAAAAAGGCCGACAGGUGAUCUACUGCAGAAUCUGACCGGCCAUAAUAUUUCUGACUACCUCAUCAAGACUUAUCCACAGAUUCUAAAAAAAAGCAUGAAGACUAAAAAGUGGGUGAAUGAGUUUAGGUAUGGAGGAUUCUCUCUGGGAACUGAAACCUUACCCGGUCAGACAGACAUCAUUCAGCUAGAAGAGUCUGUAGUGGCUAUCAGAACACGCUACAAAAUACCACAGAACAGCUCACUUGAUCAACUUUUGGACAGGUUACCAGGCCUUCUUACUGGGCUUAGUAGUCAAAACAAUGUUAAGGUGUGGUUUAAUAAUAAAGGUUGGCAUGCCAUGGUGUCAUUUGUGAACAUCAUGAACAACGGACUGCUCCGUGCCAGUCUUCCUCCAGGACCAGAAAGAGGGAAGUAUGGAAUAACAGCCUAUAAUCAUCCACUUAACCUCACUAAGGAGCAGCUCACAGAGAUGGCCUUAAUGACCACCUCUGUGGACGUCCUGGUGUCCAUAUGUGUGAUUUUUGCCAUGUCCUUUGUCCCAGCAAGUUUUGUAUUGUUUCUGAUCGAGGAGAGAGUCAGCAAGUCUAAGCACCUUCAGUUUGUUAGUGGGGUGAAACCCAUUCUGUAUUGGACUGCGAACUUUAUAUGGGACAUGUUGAACUACACGGUUCCCGCUACCAUGGUGGUCCUCAUCUUUAUAAGCUUCCAACAGCAGUCUUAUGUCUCUGAAAAAAACCUUCCUGCGCUAGUGCUGCUUCUCUUGCUCUACGGUUGGUCCAUAACUCCACUGAUGUACCCUGCCUCGUUUGUGUUCUCUGUGCCCAGCACAGCCUAUGUGGUGCUCACCUCCAUCAACCUUUUCAUCGGCAUCAACGGCAGCAUCGCCACCUUCGUCCUCGAGCUCUUUGUUGAUGAACAUUUAAAUGAGGUCAAUAGGAUCCUGAAGAAGGUCUUUCUGAUCUUUCCGCACUUCUGUCUUGGGCGAGGUCUUAUUGACAUGGCUAAAAACCAGGCAAUUUCAGAUGCUUUCAAGAGGCUUGGAAACAAACAGACACUGGAGCCACUGGCAUGGGAUUUUGUAGGGAAGAACUUAUUUGCCAUGGCAGUCGAGGGUGUUGUCUUUUUCAUUUUCACUGUACUACUUCAGUAUAAGUUCUUCAUACGCUUUAGGUUGUGGUCUGAUCCUGUCCUGCCCCCAUUGGGCCCAGAGGAUGAGGAUGUGGCAAACGAAAGGAAACGUGUGAAAAGCAACAACACUCGGGAGGAUAUUCUCACUGUCAAAGACCUGAGCAAGGUCUAUAAGGCAGGCAAGAGGCCAGCAGUGAACCAGCUUUGUCUUAGCAUUCCUCGGGGAGAGUGCUUCGGGCUUCUCGGGGUUAAUGGGGCUGGAAAGACUUCCACAUUUCGCAUGCUAACAGGAGAUACCACCAUUACCUAUGGAGAUGCUUUUCUCAAUAAUUACAGCGUGCUGAAUGACAUGGACAGCGUGCACCAGCUUAUGGGUUACUGUCCUCAGUUUGAUGCCAUCAAUGACCUUUUGACUGGAAGAGAGCACCUAGAGUUCUACGCUCGACUGAGAGGCGUCCCUGAGCCAUAUGUAGCAAAGGUCUCACGGUGGGGAGUGAAAAAACUGGGAUUGACACAGUAUGCUGAGCAAGAAGCAGGAGGAUACAGCGGAGGCAAUAAACGCAAACUCUCAACCGCCAUUUCUUUUAUCGGCGCGCCGCCAGUCGUUUUUCUGGAUGAGCCCACAACAGGAAUGGAUCCAAAGGCUAAGCGCUUCUUGUGGAACUGUAUCCUUAGCGUCAUCAGAGAAGGUCGAGCUGUCAUUCUCACAUCCCACAGCAUGGAGGAAUGUGAAGCUCUCUGCACUCGCAUGGCCAUCAUGGUCAAUGGGAGGUUCCAGUGUCUGGGUUCAGUGCAGCACCUCAAGAACAGAUUUGGAGACGGUUAUACAAUUAAUCUCCGCUUGUCCGCAUCAUCUCCGGAACCCUGCCCCGUGGAUGCCUACAUCCAGAGCUGCUUUCCUGGAAUUGAGCUAAAGGAGAGACACCACAACGUUCUGCAGUAUCAGCUCCCAACUCACGCCUGCUCUCUCGCUCAUGUCUUUGACAUUCUGUCAAACAACAGCGAGGAGUUGGGAAUAGCGGAAUAUUCCGUCUCUCAGACAACACUAGACCAGGUGUUUGUCAACUUUGCCAAGGAGCAGAUGGAUGACGAUGGCCAACUAAGAGAGGUGUCCAUAAACAGUGGAUCAGAUGGAUCUCAAUGGCACACAACUCAGAAAUCCAGCCAAACUAUAUAUCCAUCACAAGCAUCUUCUUUUGAGCCUGAGAGAUCUCGAGUUAAUGCUGCUCAGUCACUAGGUCUGUUAUCAUCAUCCAGAUCCAGUCAGCCAGAAGCUGCUGGGUCAAAGACCAAGGAGAGCAAGUGGAAUGAAACAAAGCAACCUCAGCAACUGCAAAUGCAGCCUCUGGUGGAUUUUCCAGCUAAUGGAUUAAAGUGCUGAGAAGAAGAGAAAUCUCAGAGCAAAGACCUGGUCAAGCUUUUUGUAGUCAAAACACGAACACGCAUUCUGUCUCCGAUCUUGUUCUGCUCGAUUCUAAAAUUUCAUUUAAUCUGUAUUUAUUUCAAUCUACCUACAAUGUAUUGAAGUACUCUCAGGACCACUCUUGUAAAUAGUCUGAAAACUGCUGUUUGAUUCGAAAUGCACUUUACGUCGUAUGUCGUGCAAAUCGGUUUGUUUUGACUUGAAGUUUGUUAUUGAUUUUAGAAUUUUAUUUUUUGCUUGUUUGUUUGUUUGCUUUAUAAUUAUGCGUAAGUGUGUGAGUGACUAUGCCUUGAAAACCAUCAGGUUUUUAAAAGGUUUUAGGCAAAUUCGCACAUCUCUGAUGCACGCCGGCAAAAAAAAAAAUGUAAAUUCAAACUAAGUUGCACUCGUGAAACUGAUGAACACUGUUUGAUCGGAAUGUAUCGAUAACUCAAAAAUCUUUUUGAAUGGUGCAAAUUGUAUAUUGCGUAGGUGAAGCGAUGUUCACUGAAAUGUGCAGUACAUGUUAAAAAAAAAAUAUGAUAUUUUGAUCUCCCAAGCUGAUGAUCGGCUUGGGCACGUGCACGUUUCUGAGUUUUUGCAUGCAUGUUAUUCAAAUCCAGCUGCACAUCUCAGUACUUGUGUCAUUUUUUUUUUUUUUUUUUUACAAAUGCAAACUCCGUUUAACUCCACAGUAUUGCACUUAUUAUUUAUUCCUCUAUAUUUACAAAAACAUUAAUAAAUGUAUAUGCUGAG